CAGAACCACAAUCCGAUCGUAGCACCGGCAAAUUCUUCUUAUAACAUCAUACGAAUCGGACCAAAUAACGAACAAUUAGGUACUUUUUGGACAGCAAAACCAAAACAAAAUAAAGCAACACAAGCAUUCAUCAUGAUUCAUGGUAAAUUACGUAACGGUGGAGAUUAUUGGACAAUCAUGAAUAAUAUCGUUAAAAAUGCCGUUGAAAAUAAUGUUACGGGUGUGGAUCCGGAUGCCAUCGUCGUUGCUCCGGAAUUCUUUUCUGCCAGAGAUAAUUCAGGUCAAUACGAUAAUAACACACUUGCAUGGGGUGACGUAAACGCAUGGCAAGCAGGUGAAAAAGCCAUUCAUCCAGCAGGUUCUGGUGUUAGCUCAUUCGAUGCUCUUGAUUCAUUGGCCAAUAAAUUCUUGGACGUAACACAGUAUCCACGAUUGCAAAAAUUGACCAUCAUCGGGCAUGGAGGAGGCGGUCAAUUGAUUCAGCGAUAUGCUACUGUUGGCUCAGUGGACAGCAAUGACCGCGUUCACAUUCGCUUCAUCCAUGGUGAUCCCUCCUCUUGCAACUACUUCACCACAGAUCGACCAACCAUCGACGGCCAAACAUUGCCAACGAAAGACAGUUGCCCAACUUACAACACUUGGCGAUACGGCUUUGACAAUUUCACAGCUUCAUCCGGCCCGACCAAGAAGCCUCAAGAAUAUUUCCAACAAUACAUAUCCAGAGAUGUUGUUAGCAUUGUGGGAUACCAAGAUACCCAAGCAAGCGGUGACAAUUAUUGUAUGGCAGUCAUGCAAGGUGGUUCAGCGCGAAGAGAUCGCAAUUUGAUCUGGUGGAGAUACAUCAACACCCUAGCCAACACAGGAGAAGAUCUAGACGGAUUCCCUGGAAAUUUUGACAAUCUUCCUGAUUGGUCUAACCUUGUCAACAAUAACACAUUCGGUAUUCGUCUCUUGGUCGUUGAAGAUGCAGAUCAUGAUGCCGAAUUGGUAUUCGAAAGUGCUGAAGGACGAGCAGCUCUAUUUGACGUAAACUCCUCCUCUUUCCCUACCGGAUGGAGACCAGCCGGUUGG